AUGUCGACCGUAGGAGGCGAUGCAGCUAUUGCUGUAGACGCUGAUCAGGAUGCACGUGUCAUGCAGCGAAGAGAGUCGUUAGGGUCGGCCGAAAUAGCAUCGGAAACGUCUCCGUUGUUACCAGCAACAACAACACCCGAGUUGACUGAUGAAGAAUCCGAAUUGCACAACAGUCUGAAUAAGCCAUGGUUAGGAUCGCGGGAAUUCGAUGCAAAACCACUCUGGAGACGACCCAACGUGUGGUAUCUCAUUCCGCCUACGGCUCUCUUCACGCUUGCCUUUGGAGGUGCAGCCGUGCCCAAAAUAAACCUGAUCCUCUCUGUUGUGUGUCGAGAUUAUUUUGCAGAUCAAAAGGCCAAGGACCCUACUUUCACAUAUCUACCCGUCGUGUUCGGAAGUGACAACGAUCAAUGCCGUAUACCAGAGGUCCAGUCAAAUGCGGCUCAAAUAUUACUCUACGUCAACUUGAUAUCUGGGUUUUUGUCAGCACUAGUUAGCCCACGGUUAGGUGACCUAUCUGACAGAUAUGGCCGUAUGCCAUUGAUGUCUCUCUGUGUUGCGGGUACUCUACUUUCUGAAGUCUUUACAACAUUUAUCGCAGCAUACCCGAACAGCGCUUCAAUCAAUUGGCUUCUCGUCGCCGCUUUCGUGGAUGGUUUAUGCGGAUCAUUCACCCUGGCUCUAUCAUUGGUACAUUCUUACGGAGCCGACUGCACAGCUCCAGAGAGAAGAAAUGUCGUCUUUGGAUACGUCCAUGCGACAUUAUUUACCGGCAUUGCGUUAGGCCCAUUUCUUUUUGGACUGCUAAUUGAGUAUACGGGGAAGCUUUUGGAUGUCUUUGUGGCUGUUUUGGUCUGCCACAGCAUCUAUCUUCUUUCGCUGAUAUUCCUUGUCCCAGAGUCUUUGUCAAAGGAACGUCAAAAUGUUGCGCGAACGAAGCAUUUAGCAAAGCCACGGGAUGGGGACACCACUUACACGCGAUAUAUGCUACGAGAACUUCACCCAUCCAAUAUCUUCAAACCUUUGGCCAUCCUGUGGCCAAAGCCCAAAUCCUCGGAAACUUCGCCAGAGCAGCUGGCUCUUUUCAGAAACUUGCGAAAGAAUUUGGUCCUAAUCGCUGCCAUCGAUACACUGAUGUUUGGCGUGGGAAUGGGUACGGUGCAGAUUAUCAUCCUAUAUGCAGAAUAUGUCUUUGGCUGGGGCAACUACGAGUCCAGCAUAUUUGUCUCCGUCACAAACGCCGGACGGGUAAUAACAUUGCUUGUUAUAUUACCCACUAUAACGAGGCUCGUCCGUGGACCACAACGAAGCAAUCAGGCCAACUCCGGAAGCGAUUGGCUGGAUAUCUCUCUUAUUCGUCUAGCCAUUCUCAUCGACCUACUCGGCUACAUUGGUUAUGCGUCUUCAAAGACUGGGGCGCUUUUCACUUUGUCCGCUCUCGUCGCAUCGAUUGGAGGAAUCGGCCCACCGAGUCUACAAUCAUCGCUAACGAAACAUGUACCUCCUAGUCAGACAGGGCGUAUUCUGGGAGCCACGGGACUUUUGCAUGCCCUUGCUCGUGUUGUCUCGCCUAUUGUAUUCAACGGCAUCUAUAGUGUUACUGUUGGUAAAUUUACGCCGGCAGUGUUUGUCUGCCUAGCAUCAGUAUUUGGUCUAGCAGCUUUCUUGACCUGGUUUAUUGUACCCAGUGUACAUCUACCGGAGUCUCCUCCAUCAAGUCCUCCAGAAGACGAAGGCAACAAUACAUUGGAUGCGUGAGCAUAAUAUAUGUCACAUUCUUUCAUCUCUUAUUUUAGAAUUCGUGUCGUUGCUAAUAGUGGACUAAGUCUUUUUUGUUCCGGUCAUCCUAGACUAUGUUUGGCGCAUCAUUUAAAUAUUUAUAUUCUCAUGUACUGGCGUUUUAGGUGAUGAAACUUUAGUCAAAUUCCUGGAAUCUAGAAGAGCUUCUAUCCUAC